AUGGGUCAAGAAAACAAGACUGUGGUGACUGAAUUCAUCUUACUAGGUUUCUCCACUCAUUCAGAAGUGCAGCUUUUGCUCUUCCUGAUCUUCAUGGUCAUUUACAUCUUCUCUCUAGCUGGAAACUGUCUCAUCAUUGGAUUGACUCUGUCUGAUCCACAACUCCAUACUCCUAUGUACUUUUUCCUCAGCAACUUGUCAUGCCUGGAGGUGUUCUAUACCUCAGUCACUGUUCCAAAGAUGCUCUCCAGUUUCCUGUCCAGGAGACCAAGCAUUACUGUGGGUGGCUGCAUUGCUCAGUAUUACUUCUUUUUUUCUCUGGGGGCCACUGAGUGUUUCCUUUUGGCAGCCAUGGCCUACGACCGGUAUUUGGCCAUAUGCAAUCCACUGCAGUACAGCAGCCUCAUGAACAGCAGGCUUUGCCUUAACUUGCCUGUUGCCUGCUGGGUCUGUGGCUUCCUCUCUCCCUUGCUGCCCACAGUCAUGAUUUCUAAGCUGCCUUUCUGUGGCCCUGACCACAUAGAUCAUUUCUUCUGUGAUGCAGAGCCACUGUUCAGACUCUCAUGCACAGACACUUACAUUCAACAGGUAGCUGGAUACACACUCACAUCUGUUGUGAUCCUGGGAUCCUUCACCUUCACUGUAGCCUCUUACAUUCACAUUGUGGUUGCCCUUAUCAAGAUGUCUUCAGACAAACAAUGGAGAAAGCCAUUCUCCACCUGUGCCUCCCACCUCAUGGUAGUUUCCAUUUACUAUGGCACCAUUAUCUUUAUGUAUGUUCGGCCAGGGGUGAACCAAUCAUUCAACCUAGGGAAAGUAGUGUCAGUGUUUUACACAGUGGUCACACCCCUGAUAAACCCCAUGGUCUAUAGUCUUAGGAACAGAGAGAUGAAAAAGGCCCUGAGAAAAGCCUUCUCACAGAAGACUCUCUGCAUGAACUUCUUGUGA